AUGUAUUCUUCGAAUGCGCAUCCCACCCUGAUCAGCAAUGGCGGCACAUCUCUCUGUAGUUCAUCCGAAGCUCCUUCACUUUACAGCAUUCACCAUGAGGCCUCCCACAGCCUCCUCAGUCUUGGCUGGAUGGUGCACUGGGGCCUCAUCAUGGAGGAUGUCGCCGAUAACGCGGAGAACGCGUUCGAACCUCUUCAAGGAACGAAAAGUCCAACCCUGUCUUGUGCACAAUUUAUGAAAAAGGAUGAAAGGCCACCGCACGGCAAACCACCGGCAAAGAAGUGCGCCCCAUCUCCUGUAAAUGAGUAUUGUUUCUUCUGUUCAACCGAGAAAACGGUAGGGGCCGUUUCUCGCUUAUCGAGGAAUCCCAAACGUAAACAAUCAUCCCAUGAGGUCGAUCACGUUUCAAAGCAGCCGGCGACCAUCGAUCUGGUGAAUGCGCAGUCUAUUUUUUCCACCUUCCUAUCGCUUUUGCGCCCAGACGAGCGCUUUGAAUACGCGGCAUACUUGGCAGGCCUGCAGGUUCGCGACGGCCGGACUUCCUUUCACCAAUACGCCCAACUGCCUUUCCUUCCGCUGACGACGCUAUCCUCGGCGAGGCCGCAACGCCGCCUCUCCCCGCCCUCUGAAGGGGAAAAGGAGGGUCCUCCUCCCAAAGCGGACAGGGCGCCGCCGGUGAUCAGCUCCUUUUUUUUGCCGGCGUGGGGGGGGCUCGAGGAGCUUCCUGAGGCCGAGGUCGCGAGGCUUUUUCGCAUUCCGUAUUUCCCGCCCCGUCCUCAGGACGCCGCCCCAUCCCCCCUCGCCCUCCCGGCGCGGAUUUUUAUCUACCAAAGGCGCCGUGAGCCAUCGCCUUCGCAGGCGAUGGGGGUGGGCGAAAUGGCGGAUAAAGUCGUGGCCUUAUGUCCCUGCGAUGUUUAUUUGAUCUUUUUAAACCACAACAAUACCCUUCCGGGGCUCUCGCAGCGUCUGACGGUGUGGGGCCGCGCGACGUGGAGUACCCGAACCCUCCAGUCCUUUCCGCUUGCCUGUCGAGAUGCCGCCACGAUGACGGCGAAUAGUUCUAAUGAGGAGCUUUUUUUUAUCGCGUACGGAUUGACGGAAUAUCUGCGUUUGGGGGCGAUUUUUGGCUGGAUUUACGGUUGGCAGCUCUGUUAUUCGUCGCGUGGGCCGCAAACGCGCUCGCUGACGUGGCUUCGGCUCUUCAAUCCGAACGCCAUGAUGGCGGCUCGACAACACGUGGAUCGACAAGGAUAUUAUUAG